CGCUGCUGUCGCCCAAGCCCACCCGGCCCCCGGCCCCGGCUCCCCGCCCGCCUGCCUGCCCCGCCCGGUCCAUGCUGCCCCCGCGGACGCCGGGCCCCGGCGCCGGACCCCAGACCCGCACCUGAGCGCGGCGCGGGGCGCGGGCGGACGGGCGGGCGGGGGCUCGGGGAGGCGACAUGGGGAAAUUCCAGUCCAAGCACGCCGCCGCAGCCUCCAAGCGGAGAGAGAGCCCCGAAGGGGACAGCUUCGUGGUGUCCGCGUUCGCGAGUGGCCGCAAAGGCAUGGAGGAGGUGGAGCGGCGCGGCGGCGGCGGAGAGCACCGCGCGCGGGACAAGCAGGAGCUGCCCAGUGGGGACCCCAAGGAGGGGCUUUUCCGGGAGGACCAGUGUCCCCUAGAGGUGGCGCUCCCCGCUGAGAAGGCUGAGGGCCUUGAGGGCCCAGGACAGCUCUUCGGCGUGGACGAUGGAGAGAGAGCAGCAAACCGAGAGGCCCCGAGAGGACUGGGCAAGAAGCGCCUGGACAUCAACGCGCUCCAGUGCGACGUCUCGGUGGAGGAGGACAACAGCCAGGAGUGGACGUUCACCCUCUACGGCUUCGACCACAGUGGGAAGGCCACCAGGGAGGACAUGUCCAGCCUGAUGCACACCAUCUACGAGGUCGUUGACGCGUCCGUCAACCACUCCUCGGGCAGCAGCAAGACGCUCCGAGUGAAGCUGACCGUCAGCCCCGAGCCCUCCAGCAAGAGGAAGGAGGGUCCCCCCUCCGGCCAGGACCGGGAGCCUGCUCGCUCCGGGAUGGAGGGUGAGCCAGCCGAGGACCCAAGGGUGGCCGACAAGAGGCUGUCUGCCCACGUCAGGAGGCCCAGCGCCGACCCCCACCCCUGCCCUGUGCGCGGGCCGUACUGCGUGGACGAGAACACGGAGCGGAGAAACCACUACUUGGACCUGGCCGGGAUCGAGAACUACACGUCCAAAUUCGGGCCUGGGUCACCGCCAGCACAGGCCAAGCAGGAGCACCAGGGCAAGGCCUCGUGCCCCCAGAGCAGGUCCCGCUCGCAGGAGCCGGACGCACACACCGCGCACCACCGCAGGUCCCAGGUGCUGGCUGACCACACCCUGCUGACCGCGGAGCCUGCCGCCCGGGCUCUGGACGGGCAGCCCCGGCUGAAGGGGCAGGAGAAGCAGUUCCUCAAGUCCCCCAAGGGCUCGGGGAGGCCGCCCGGGGGGCCCGGUGGGAGCAAGUCCGGGAGAACCUUCAGCUACCACCCGCCCGCCGCCCUGCUGCAGGGCCCCCAGGAUGGCCACCACCUCCAGCAGCCCCCGCCGCAGCCCUACGGCCACAAGCGGUACCGGCAGAGGGGCCGGGAGGGCCACUCGCCGCUCAAGGCUACGCUGGGCCAGCCCGCCGUGGUGGAGCACGAGGUGGUGCGGGACCUGCCGCCUGUGCUGCUGGGGGAGGGCUACGCGGUGCCCGUGGUCCAGCGCCACGAACACCACCACCACCACGAGCACCACCACCACCACCACUACCACCACCACCCCCCCUCCUAGCGCGGCCCGGCUCGGCGCCAUGUGGACGGGGCGGAGAAAGCCCUUCCGCCUCCACUGCUUCCUCCACCGCUGCCGCGGACGCCGCCAAGGUGGACUCAUUUGAUGCUGACGUUUCCCAGUUAUAAAGCUAUUUUGUGUAAUCCAUAAAGACCAUAUGUAGGCAUAGAAAAACGCACCGGUACCUGUCGUCUGUGAUUCCAAAAUGAGGCCCUGUGGCGUUGAAGGGCCUCUGCCGGACAGCCUCCGUGUGUUUUUCUCAGGGCGCCACGUGCUCUGGGCCCUUUGACCCGGGCACAGGGGUGGUGGGAGUGGAGGUGAAGCCUUGCAGCCUCGUGUAAUCUAUUCUUUGUGAAGCCAGGAGGGGGCGGGUCUGGGGAGAGCUGUUCCUCGGCGCCGUGAGUGUAGUGGCGAGCUCCGCUACACGACAUGAGCACAGAUCACAGCAGAAGGGGGGCCACAGGGGACGGGCAAGACGGCUCCUGGGAGAGCAGAGAGGAGGGCGGAGGCGGGCGGGCUGCCACGGCCGCGGGGCGGCCUCUGGUCUCACGUGCCACCAGCAUCUUAAGUGGACACAGACGCGACAGCAGGGCAAGGGAGGGUGGUGGACUCCGCCAGGUUCCCGUCCUCGGAGGACUCACACGUGCCAUUGCGACACUCAUGGCGCAGCGUCCAUGACACCUUUGGAGAAGCAUGCUUCCCUCUGGGAGGGUUAGGAAAGGGUCCCAGACCAGCAUGAAGUCCCAGCGAUGCUGGGCGGUGACGGUGUCGCACAGUCGGGGAACUUCGGCUGACAGCGGUCCCACUGAGGCAGAAAGCUGGCUCCUGCUCCGUCGAAGAGGAGCCAGCUGGCGUUCUGGCAAGCUGUGCAUCUGUGCCGGGAGUCUGCAUUUGCCUUCUUUGCACUGUUCUUAAGAAUAAAGCAAAUUGGCGGUCGACUUGUAAUUGAGGUGUUUUCCCCCAGUCAUAAUAAAAAUACUUGCAUUUUAUAACGUUACACCUAUUUUAAAACGGAUACGGUCAGUCCACCCACACCGGCAUGUGGCCAGGUGGGCACACCCUCCCCGGAGAGAGCGGCUGUGCCUGUUUAUACGUUUAUAGAAGGAAAAUUAAAAUACACGUGGGCACACAUGACCCCGUAUUUGUGGGUAAGUUUCUUUUCCCAUUUUACCGCUCACAAAAACCUAAGCCCGAGGCUGGGCUCACAAUAACAGGACACUUUGCACCCUUGUUUGGGGCCGCGUGGACCAGGGUUUGUGUGGCGACAUCGGCUCUCUGUAAACGAGAAUCUGUCUAGAGAGGCCGAUGUGUCUCACCAGUGUCUUCUCUUCCCCUUGAGACUUCACGUCCCUGUUCACGGCUGGUUUAAAAAUCUCUCAGGAUUUCUGAGUAACUGGUGUCUCUCCGCGAGCCGAGGCCCACGUGCUGAGGGAGAACCGGGGGACUCUUGGUGGUCUCUCGAGGCCGGAGCACUCGCAUCUCGGUUUUCCAGGUGUUUCAGAUCAGCAGGCCUCGGGGUGCCUGACUGGCCUGGAGGCCAGCGGCCAGGCGGCAGAGUGCGCCCUUCUGUGUGGACACAUCUGCGUUCCAUCCACACCUCGUGAAUCCUGCGUAGCAACGUCACACACGCGGCCGCCUCGGGGUUUCUGCAGAAUUGCUUGUCCACCCCAACCUGGAUCCGUGCUCAGUGUGCAGAGCUCCUGCGCAUGCUGCCACGGCAGGGGGCCUGCUUAGUGAGUCCCAGCAGGCCAGCCGGCUGGCCUCCGGCGAGUGCUCCACUGACCAGCCGGGUGGGUAGGUUUGGUGAGGCCUGAACUUCAGCCUCUUUGACUCCAGAUCCUGGUUUUAAAAACAAGACGUGAGUGAAACGCCAGCAAACACAGACCAGAAGCUGAGGGUCUGCUGCUUGUGAAUCCGUGAAGCCGGGGCCCAUGGUUCCGACUCUGAUUUGGGACCGUCCCUUGGAUGUGGGCCGCACCCAGGGUGGCACAGGCGAGCCCUAAAGGGACAGAAGCAGGUUAGAGAACAACAGAAAAGACCACUUUGUGCACGAAAAGGGGCCCAGCAUUGACAUGGACGUGUUAAUUAAACGUCCACACGUGGAGAACAGUCUUUCUCUCGUCAGGAUGUCAGGACGAUGUAGCUUGGCCUGGGCUGGGGCUGGGCCCAGGACCACAUGUGUUGGAGCAGCAGGCACCCACCUAGAAGAGAGGCCGUGACGGCGCUGGACGCAGAGAUGGAGGUGGAUGAGCUCGGAGGACAUAACGCAGACGUGUCCAGCCCACUCCAGGGACACAGUUCCCGCCCGGCUCGGCCCCGUGGAUGAGCCAGAGGCUCUGUUGCCGAGUCUGCCAGCCAUGCUGGGCGCCAGGAAGGCCUCAUGGUGACUGGCAAGGACCAGUUGGGGAUGGUUUUCGUAGCAGAGACAAAGACUCUUGUCAUUUACUUGUUUUUAAGUGUAGAUGUUGCUAUUGGAUGAUCUCAGAGCUGGACCAACCUGUAUCUUACAUUCUCAAGAAGAGCCUUCUGGAAAGUACGUUCCCAAAUAAACCUGGUAUUGAGUGAA